AUGACUGCAUUUGCUUACCACGCUCACACGCCCACUUUUUUCCCACCCGAACUGCUCGUAAUGAACUUUGGGCAGGGUUCGAAUGGAAACAUCGACCCGCUUGAUCGUCAGCUUGUCUAUGGCGGAUACUCAAUGGAUGCUAGUGCCGGCCUGGGUGGUGGCCAGGAUAUGAUGAGCGGCCUUGAUUGGGAUACCGUCGCUUCAGGCGCUCAGCCAGAUGGAGGCUUGCAAGGUCGGCGGUCGAAUGUCAAGGUAGGCAUGCAUGGGCAAAGUGCAGAUAUGGCUGAUGGGCCAGGAUUAAACGGACCGGAAGCAUCAUCCGCGUGGUGCAUGCCAUUCAACAUGGAGCCUCCAGAUAUGGGUCAUGAUCCCGGUUUCAACAUGGGCGGAAUUGAUCCGUUCACGGGAGUGUUUGGCGGAGGGAGCAGUAGUUUGGCAACGCCGAAUGCACUGGGUAGGCUACAGCAACAUGGUCCUUAG